UGAGAAACACAAACGAUUAAGAAGAGACAUAAAAACAAAUCAAAGACAACAAAAACAAAUCAAACGGAAAAAUAUUGCAGAGCAUGGAUGAGAGGAAAAAGAAUUUUCAUACAUAACUUCAUCAGAGUUACUGGUUAGCUCGCGUUGCUGCUGUGCCUUGACUUGUGCUGGUGGAAAGCAAUAUCUGUAGAGAGGAGAAGAGAACAAAGCAGGGGAGAGUUGGAAAAUGACAAUUGAUCCCUAUUUCUAUUUUCCUGAAACACCACCAUUUUAUAAAUAAGAUAGAAGUACAAACAAGUUAGACCGAGAGGUUCAGAAUAAAGUACAUUGGAGUUUACGAAGAUAAGCUCCUAUUUAAACCAACUACAUUAUCCGUACAGCUAAAAAACACUCUCUCGCGCCUCCAACACAGUAGACCGUUAGGAAAUGGACCCAACAACUAAACUCACAAAAGUUCUCCUCAAAAACACCCACAAUCCCAGACUCGCAUGGCACCUCUUCAAGCGCAUUCUCUCGCUACCCAUCUCACCAAUUCACCGUUACGAAUCAAUACCCAUCAUUACCCGUAUCCUCAUUCGCGCUAAAAUGCUUAAUGAACUCGAUCAUUUUCACCAACUUCUUAUUAAUUCACCAUCUCUGGAAACUUGGGAUCCUUCUCUCGAAUCUCUAGUUACUACUUUAGCUAAAUCAGAUCUCUCAGAUAAGGCCAUUUCUUAUUUCAAGUCCUUGAGGUUUCGAUUUCCAGAAAAGCCGCCUUCUGUAUAUUUGUAUAAUAUUCUCCUUAAAUCUUGCAUUAGACAGAGUCGUGUUGAUUCUGUAUCUUGGUUACUCGAAGAUAUGGUUAUUGCAGGUGUAUCGCCUGAGACUUAUACUUUCAAUCUUUUGAUCGGAUUGUUAUGUGAUUCUGGUUGUUUGGAGGAUGCACAGGAAUUGUUCGAUAAAAUGCCUGAAAAAGGCUGUAAACCGAAUGAGUUCAGUUUUGGGAUUUUGGUUCGGGGGUACUGCAGAGCUGGGUUUGCUAGCAAAGGGUUGGAGCUUUUGAGGGAAAUGAGAAGUUUGGGUUUUUCACCGAAUAGGGUUGUGUAUAAUACCUUGAUUUCAAGUUUUUGCAGGGAAGGUAAGAUUAAUGAUGCUGAGGAAUUGGUAGAUAGGAUGAUUGAGGAGGGGUUGUCUCCAGAUGUGGUGACUUUUAAUUCUAGGAUAUCAGCUCUUUGUAGCUCGGGGAAGAUUCUUGAAGCUUCUAGGAUUUUUAGAGAUAUGCAAAUUGAUGAAGAUUUAGGACUGCCUCGGCCUAAUGUGAUAACUUAUAAUUUAAUGCUUAUGGGAUUCUGCAAGGAAGGGAUGUUAGAGGAAGCCAGGACUCUGGUUGAGACUAUGAAAAGAAAUGGCAAUAUGAUGAAUUCAGGGAGUUAUAAUAUUUGGUUGUUAGGUUUGGUCAGGAAAGGAAUGCUCCUGGAGGCGCAGUUAGUUUUUAAAGAGAUGCUAGGUAUUGGUAUAGAGCCUAAUAUAUACUCUUACAAUAUUGUUAUAGAUGGGCUAUGCAAGAAUGGAAUGCUCUCUGAUGCAAGAAUGUUGAUGGGUUUAAUGAUACAGAGUGGUAUUUCACCAGAUACAAUAACUUACAGUACUUUACUUCACGGUUACUGCAAUAAGGGGAAGAUUUUUGAAGCGAAUAAUCUUCUACAUGAUAUGAUGAGAAAUAAUUGUUUUCCAAAUAUUUAUACUUGUAACAUUUUGCUUCACAGUUUAUGGAAGGAGGGCAGAAUAUCAGAAGCGGAGGAAUUGCUAAAAAGGAUGAAUGAGAAGGGUUACGGUGUGGAUACUGUGACCUGCAAUAUUGUAAUUGAUGGCCUGUGCAAUAGUGGACAGUUGGACAAGGCAAUUGAAAUUGUAACUGAGAUGUGGACUCACGGAAGUGCAGCUCUUGGGAACUUGGGGAACUCAUUUAUUGGCCUCGUUGAUAAUAGUAGUAGCACGAAGAAAUGCAUACCAGAUUUGAUCACAUAUUCAACCAUAAUUAGUGGUUUAUGCAAGGCAGGAAGGCUUGAUGAUGCUAAGAAGAAGUUCAUUGAGAUGAUGGGGAAAAACUUGCAGCCAGAUUCGGCCAUUUAUGAUACUUUUAUACAAAGCUUCUGCAGAGAAGGAAAAAUAUCAUCUGCAUUUCGUGUACUCAAGGACAUGGAGAAAAAAGGUUGCAACAAGACCCUUCAAACUUAUAAUUCGCUGAUCCAGGGCUUAGGAAGUAAAAACCAAAUAUUUGAAGUUUAUGGAAUGAUUGAUGAAAUGAAAGAAAAAGGGGUUUCUCCUAAUGUUUCCACAUACAACAUGGUGCUUAACUGCCUCUGUGAGGGAGGAAGAAUUAAAGAUGCACCUUCUGUGUUGGAUGAGAUGCUGCAAAAUGGCAUUUCACCAAAUAUCUCUUCCUUCAGAAUGUUAAUUAAAGCUUUUUGCAAGGCCAGCGAUUUUAAGACAGCACAUGAAGUGUUUGAUAUUGCGUUGAAUAUGUGUGGCCACAAUGAAGCCCUUUAUGGUUCAAUGUUCAAUGAGCUACUUGUUGGAGAUGUUGCUGAAGCAAACAAGCUAUUUAUAACUGCUUUAGAUAGAGAUUUUGAUCUGGAAAACUUUCUCUAUAAAGAUCUUAUCGAGAGACUUUGUAAGGAUGGAAUGAUGGAAGCUGCCAGUGGCGUUCUAAAUAAAUUGAUUGAUAAAGGAUAUCAAUUUGACCCUGCAUCAUUCAUGCCAUUGAUCGACAGCUUCAGUAAGAUGGGUAAUAAACAUGAAGCUGAUAAACUUGCAGGAAGGAUGAUGGAAAUGGCUUCAGAAGGUAGGACAGAAAAUAAGGCUUAUACUCAAGUUAGGAAUCCCAUCCAUAGGAACAAAAUAAAGGAUGGUGAAAGUGACUGGCAGGCCAUAGUGCACAGAGACGAUGGCAGUGGAAUUGCACUGAAAGCCCUUAAGCGGGUACAGAAAGGCUGGGGUCAGGGAAGUAUAUCAACUUUGCAGCCUCAAAAGGAUGAGUUCUUUGAUUACUGGGAUGGGAGUGGUUAAAUGUUUUUCCUUGAGACUAAAACUGAGAUCGGUAAACUAAAAAGUGAAGAUUCUCUUGCUCUGCAUGGUUGGUAUUGAAUGCCACAACCGAAGGUUAUUGGAUGGGCCUGCUCAUUAGUACAUUUGAUGUGGUCUCAGUUAUAUUAAAAUUAAUAUUUCCAUUUCUUGAGUUCUGCAUAAUUUCUUAUCUUCUUUGAGAAUACCAAAUGGAUUUGCUUACGGUGAGAACCCAGACAGUGUUCUUGAAAGGGUGUUUUUCUAACAGAUUAUCCCAAUGGUUAGAUAAAGCGAACUUAGCAGACAGCUCUUGAUUUUAGUUGUUGUUGUCGCUGCUAAUUCAUCAUUCAAUUGGAGGUAACAGUUUUAUGAAGUGUCACCGGCUGCAGAAAUGGCGGUGCAUGACAUAGACAUAAAGAAAAUAUUGUUCAGCUGACUAAAGGUUUAGAUUGGGUGUCACUUGCCAAUAAAUGUUCCUCCCUUUUCACUGCACAGCUGUCUUUUAAGACAAAAUGUUCUCUGUUUUUGCAGGACAGAACAUGUACAGUUGGCUGGUUGCAACUCUCCGGAAGUGUUCUAGUGUGAUAAUGGCAAAGCCUGUAUAUAGCCAUCUGUAAGUUAAGUUUGCCUUCUUAAACUUUUAUACACUGUCUGCAACUAGGAUAACUCAGAAGAAUGUCACGUCAAGCAAUGAAAAUAGAUUUGAUGACGAUAAUAAAUGUACUUGGUCUACAAUCAAUACAUCAUGGAACAAUCCUAAUGCUUCUUCAUUGCAGUA